AUGCUGCUGAUACUGGUUUCCCUGCUCUGCUGUGUCCCUGCAGCCAAGGGCUGUCUGCAGUGUGACCGCAGGAUCAGGCUCCUUCAUGAAGACUUUAUCCUGUCUGCUCCCUCUGUGAUCGACCAGAUUGAACUGAAAAAGAUUUGUGACUAUGCCUAUGUGACCUAUAGGGACACUAGCCAGAAGCGAAGAGGGGUCAUAGAUCCCACUACUCUGUACAGAGCCAGAACUGAGUACCAAAGUGAAUUUGACCGCUUCCUGAAAAUCAAGCGCACUGGAUCCAUAACAUUUGAAGCCACUCAGAUUAUGGAGAAAGGCAGGAAGAUCUUAGAAAAACACUUGAACGCUUUCAUCCGUGAUGGAUUGUGCCCUAAUAAGUGUGGGCUUCUGAAUCGAAGAGUAAUGGAUUGCAUCUCAUGCCACUACAAGAUAUACAUCUGUCCUUCUCCCACUGUCCAGCAGGACUGUGGUGAGUCCACAGUGCAAGCUGAGGAAGGAGGCCAGGCCGUGUUGAACUGUUUCCUUCCAUGGCAUCGUCUUCUGUUGGGAACUCCAGAGUACCACUAUUCUUGGGCUCCCGGGGAGCCAGGAACCAAAAUGCUGGCUGAGAGUGAUUUCAAAGCCUUGGUAGUGACGGCCGACUCAUCCGUGGUCUUAAAUCAGCUCCACGUGGAUGAACAGGGGACAUAUCGCUGCUCACUGCGGGGCCGCAAUGGAACCAACUUCUACCAAGUCACUUUUCUGCUUACGGUCACCCGUUUGCCUGCCCAAACUCACCAACAUUUCAUCACUCUGCCCUCACCGCCUUAUGGAGACAGCUACUCACCUUUUCAAACAACUGAGGGCCUGCUGGUGCCAGUCAUCGCUGUGGUUACAGCUCUGAGUCUAGCAGCAAGCAUGGGCCUCACAGUUGUUCUGAGGUGA